UAGAGCCGCUCUUGUUCAAGCAACACCACCACCUCCUCCUUCAUUGACUCACAGACUUCAAAUUCUCCCACAAGCAGCCCGUCAGCUUCCACAGCGAUCAGAUUAAUAACAACAAUAGCAGGCUGCGAGCACACUGCAUGGGGAGAUAAGCGACUCGUCCUCCGCGGGAUACUUGGAUAGCUCCAGCAACAGGAUCCAUCCCUGCUCCUCUCUCCUUGUUUUCACGCCCGAGCAACACCUGUGAUUUGCCCGGCGUUUGGAUACCUGCGCGUUUUGUUGUGCUUUUAUAAAUGUCGGACUGAAUACAACUGCUAUGACAGGGAAACUAGCGGACAAGAUCCCUCUUACCAUGAGCAGUUUAAUAAACACCAUCCCUGACAGUCUCUACCCAGAAGAGGACAUCCCGACGUCUAUGAAUAUUUUCACCAAUACGGAAUCUAUUAAUCAUUAUUCCCAGAUGAACACAGAUAAUAUCAUGGAUCUGGGCAUGGGAAGCGAGAAGGGGACUUCAGAGAUUCAGUAUGGAUCCAGCUUCCAGUCCAACCGCAGCGGGCAGACCGUCACCUAUCUGGGAAAGUUUGCCUUUGACACUCCUCCGUCAGGUGGCAUUGGGGGCUCCGGCUGGUGCCCUGAUAAUAACAUCAUCAGUCUUGUCAGUGCAGGGAUCCUAGGUGUCUCUCCAUCGCCCGGCACAGUAACUACACAGACGUCGUCGUCUGCACCCAACAUGGGCGGACAGACGUCAGACAUGGAGCAGGUAUACGGUCCUCCGCUGCCUGCCUAUUCCACCUGCGGUGACCUGUACCAAGAUCAGGUCUCCUUCCAUCACAGCCCCGCCACCAGCACAGCUCUAGCCUACCCUGGCAAUGACUAUCACUCUACAUCUAAAGCGCCAAUGGACGGCAGCCUUUUCUCCAUGAUCCCUGACUACAACCUUUUUCAUCAUCAAGGGGAUGUUGGCGUGAUGGAGCAUAAGCCCUUCCAGACCAUGGACCCCAUCAGAGUCAACCCUCCACCUAUCACCCCUCUGGAAACCAUCAGAGCAUUCAAAGACAAGCAACAAAUCCACCCAGGGUUCAUCGGCGGGCAGCAGCACCCGCCUCAGCACCAUCCCCCGCCUCAGACUCUCACCCUCAAGCCCAUCCGACCUCGGAAGUACCCGAACCGUCCCAGCAAAACCCCGGUCCAUGAGCGGCCACACGCCUGUCCAGCAGAGAACUGUGACAGGCGCUUCUCGCGCUCAGAUGAACUCACGCGUCACCUUCGCAUCCACACAGGUCACAAACCCUUCCAGUGCCGAAUAUGCAUGCGCUCCUUCAGCCGGAGCGACCAUCUGACCACGCACAUUCGCACGCACACAGGUGAGAAACCCUUCUCCUGUGAGUUCUGUGGACGCAAGUUUGCCAGAAGUGACGAGCGAAAGAGACAUGCAAAGGUUCACCUGAAACAGAAGGACAAGAAGCAAGCUGACAAGAGCAGCGGGGCAGCUGGGAGCCACAGCUCGCCGCCUAGCUCCUGUGGGGCCAACAGUGGGGACAUCAUGACCGUCACUGCGUGUAUUUGGACUUGACCCUUGCCACACACCAUAAAGGGACUUAAGAAAAAGGGAUCACAUCCACUAUCAGAUAAAUAGGUGACUCUUUUCUUCUCUUUUACACCCCUGCUCCUUUCAGUUCCUUCUAUUUUGAGAUGGAUGCCUUUAGUUUAGAGAGAGGAAAGGCUGCUUUCCUUUACAACAAGCAAUUCAGAGCCUCAGCUACUGUAACAGUGUCAACACAAAGAAAGGAAGUUAAGCACAUUCUGUCAAAAAGGCUACUUUUUUCAUCUCUUGGCUUUGAGGUGGCCACACAUAUGUAAAUUUUACAGUAAUUUUCUUAAUGGGAAAGAAGCCUGAGUCUAUGACAGGGGUGGAAAUAGGCAAAACGGAGCUCAGUUUAAGGGUCAGCUGUCUGAGAUGUAUGCAUUGAUUUUAUUAAGUUGUUUAAAAGUGCAAUUGGUUAUAUUUGUGUAACGUCAUGAAUACCUUAGUGGCACUUGACUGUCUUUUUUUGUUGUUUUUGUUGAGGUGUAGUGGGGUUUUAUUUUCUUCUUCUUUUUCUAUUUGAAUGUUGUUUUCUCAAAAGAAUGUGCCAAAUGUAUUGUGGUGAUGCAGCCAACCUUGUUUUUAUAUUUGUGCCUGACAUUUGCCAAACCCAACAGUGGUAUCAGCUUAGCACGGAAAGACCAGAUUCAUUCACAGAAUAGCAGAUAUGGUUCGGUUAAAUCUAGAUGACUGUCUGGAUCACACAAAGUCAACUGAAAUUUUGUCCAGUUACGUGUUCAAACAUGCCUGCAGCAACUGAUGCCUUUGCCAAUUCCUAUUUAUUUGUAGUCACUGUGAGACACUGUGUGUUUUUGUUGACUUUUUAUAUGGAUACUUUAUGUCAUGUUACCAGACAUUAUUUCAGCUUUUCUUUUCUUUUUUUGGUUGUUGUUUUUUUUUUUUAAAAAAAGCUCAUAGAUGCUGUUCACUUCUCUGUUUUCCUGAGCUCUGCAGUUAUAUAAAAUACAGUCAUGACUUAUGCCACCAACCCGUAAAUCCAAUUUACUGAGAGCACAUUCAGACAGACUGAACCACUUAAUUAAAGCACACUGGGUUCCAAACCAGCAGUAUAUAAAAGCAAAGUUGAAUUAGGAUUAAAAUGAAUGAAGCCCAUUGUCUGUGCUUCUCAAUGUAAAAAAAAAGAGGAAAGACUACCUGGUUUAAAACACCAGAAGAUAAGCAUUAUAUUUUAAGAGAAUAAUAAAAAUCUCCAAAUCCAUGUUUACAUCUUUUCUAAAACAGAGAGACUGAGCUGUAAACUAACGCAUUGGUGUUUUUGUACAGUAUACAAAUAUGUAUGCAGGUAGCUAAAGUAGAAAUUUCUUUUUUGUACUCAAGUGCACCAUUAUUCAGUAUUAAAUUGUUAAUUUAUGUGCAUUCCUUCAAGCACACUAUGUAAAUACAAAUGUCUACAUAAAGAAGAUCUUUCAAUUGACUGAACGCCUGUGUAAAAUGUCUCUUAAAGCUUUUAGUUAUAUAGUUAUAAUACAAAACAUUUGCUAAACAAUAUUACUAAACAUUUUGGAUUGCUCCAGUAGUGCCAAAUAUGGAUUUAUGUCUUUCACAGAAAAAAAGACAAGGCAAAAUAAUAAUAAUAACAAUAAUAACAAUAAUAGCAAUGGCAUAAUCGGUACACUUCAGAGUGGAAAGGUUCAGUUUGCAAAUGAUCUAGCAUGUUCUCUGUAUAAAUGGCAAGGUUUUUCUGAUUUAAAAAAAAAUCUCUUUAAAAAAAAAAAAGUGGUUAUUUAAAUUUCCACAACCUUCUGGUUGCAGGGAUACUGUUGGUUCUCCCAGGGGCGGUUAUGCAAAUGAUUUUCACUGACUUUUCAUUUACUUAUUUUUGGGCUGAUGGAAGGAAAUGCCAGGGUUGCAGGUGCCAGGGUCCCAAAUAGAUUGAUUUCUUCCAAUAUUUCUUCCAAUUUGAGCUAAGAGUAUUGUCAUGGUGUUAACAAAUAGCAAUGCAAAAGGACAUUUGAUUUAAGUUUGUUUUUUUGACUCAAUGGGAAUUUUGCAGAACAGACACUGUAUGGUCGAUUCAUAUAUUUCAAAUAACUCGUACUACUGUUCAGUAGUCAAAAAGGAAAAAAAAAAAGGAAAAAAGAAUAAGUAACUAAUAACAGUGAUGCUGCAGUUUAACAAAAGCUGGUAUAAAACACAGCUGUUCAACAUAGUGGUGCUGGAUUCAUCAAUCAAAAAAAAAUAUUUUUAAUGUAACCUUGUUAAAUGUGAUAGGAUAUACUCCAAUUAUAUCAAAAUUCCUAUAGUAUUUCUCAAAUACCACAGUUUAAAGAAAACCUGCCUCUUGCCAUUUUGUUUGAGAGUAUUUCUGAUGACUGGCUUUGCUCUCCGACCAUAGAGAUUUUACUUAAACACUGAUGAGAGCUGCAGAAAGAAUAUAUGACCCAUCAACAGACAGAGCUAUCGGGCUGCAAGAGGAUAUGAACUAACUAACAGAGGCCAAAGGAAAUUUUCUGACAAACUGUGCCCCAGAGAAUACAGUGCAUGCACAAAUGAGGUUGAAAGGUUAUACUUUCCCUUUCCUGUAUCAAACAGUUUCUACUGUUGAGCUUCCUGGCAAGUAUCCAUUUACUUUCUAAUUAAUUUGGCCUCAGAGAGUCUUUUCUCAACUCAUUUUAAUGGUUGAACAGACCUCCCUGCAUUUCUUCAAAAAGUUCAAGCAAUCUGCAACAUAUCAUAUCGUAAAUCAAUGGGUUUGUAUCAUAAAAACACAGUUCCAUUGCCUGGGGGGGCAUUGAUAAAUAAACCGUAUGCAUUCCAAUUUGAUCAAAUGCAACAAAAGUCUAUGUAAUUACUUGAAAAUUAAAAAUAUACACAUAUUUUAUUUGCUUCCUUGUCUAUAAUCCUAGACAAUUAGCUCGGUAAUAAGUCAAAGAAGUGGAGUUUAAGCUGAAAUCUUAAACAUCCUGACACAAAACCAUCUGGAAUCAGAAGAAAAAAAAACAUAUAUACAGCACUUAAAGCGAUAUAAAAACCAAAAUGUUUAUCUUUAAGAGUUGGAUAAUUUGAUGCUUGAUUGUUUACUGUAAACUUUUAAUAACUAAUACUUUAUUUGACCAAAAUGUAUGUUGUCCUGCAAAAGAAAACUGUGUUUGUGUUCCUUUCCAAUGAAGAACCAUACAAAGGAAGCUGGAGAUGACGCCAAAAUAUUUCCACGUCCGAAUGAAGCAAUGUAAUUACCGGUACAAGUUUGGAAAAAUAAUUUUUCAUCAGUCUCACUGUGUCAAUCACAAUUGUGUUGUGAUAUUUUUGUAGAUUUUGUAAAUUCUUUAUGACCCCCUUUAUGUCCUUUAUUUAUUUCCUUAAUGCAGUAUGGCAGUUAAAGUACUACAAGCUGCCCCACUUCUUCAGAACACCUAUCUAUGUAACACCCUAUGUGAAUACCAUAGAUAUAUAUAUAUACGUAAACAAACGAUUAAACUCAGAAAUAGGCCUCUCAAUACUGUUGCUCCGAGAAUUAUUUAUCAUAUGUGAUUUAUGUUCUGUUGGCCAAAAGCAGGACACUGAAAGUACUGCAAAUGGGUUUUGCCUCAUCCUCGUUCUUUGCUCCAUGUUGGAUGCAAGCCAACAUCAGCAGCCAUCUUUGUGCCAAACUGGGUUGCAGGGUUGGCUGAUCACAAACAAUACAUGACGAAAGCUCAACAGGAGUGACAAAUCAUAAAUGUGACCUCCGUCUGCUUGUAGCUGAAGGCAGCCUUGUGCUAAUGUUUGUGUGUAACUGUUUGAUUUAGUCUCCGUGAAAUUGGCCUUGGGCAAGGCCAUGGGCUUUGGCUCAAUUAUGGCAAUUAAUAAAUGUGGAUUUUUCUUAAAAAAAUAAAAAUUAAAUGAAAUAAAAAGGAGAAAAAAAAAAUUAAAUAAUGGUGUAGAUAUUAUAAGCAACUCGUGUCAUCUUAUGGACUACAGGGUGGCUUCAGGGAUUUUGUGAUCUUCAGCAGUGACACUGGUGUUCUGAUGGAGUCAAUACUCACUGUUUUCUGUUGUGUUGUGUUUCAUUUCAUUAAAAGUAUAUCCUCAUGUUUGCAUGUGCACGGAAAUGUUCCAACGUGCUGCCCUCAGAUGGGUGGUGCUCAUUUCUUUAUUAUGCAUGACAAUAAAAAGUCACAUUUGGGUGAAAUGGGACAAACAACAAUGCAAGACAGACAAUUAGAAACACACAUUGGGAAAACUGUUCUGUUGGCCUUUUUUUUUUCUUUGUUAAAGAAAACAAGGGAACUCGUUAAAAUGUCGUGGAUGUCUUUAGCCUAUUUCAUGUUUUUAUUACCUUAUAAUAAGGUCCUUUUAUGAUGAGCUGAAUAUUGAAAUGAAUUUUACUAUAUCCUUGUGGUGGGGAGAUGUGCUCCCCUGUUUAC